AUGUACUUCAGAGCAGCUCAUGCUAGAAAAGUGUGCGUACACUGCAAAAGCGACCGAUCGGACCACGAACUUCCUCCGAAUCAAGCUCUCAACGUCUACAAUCGACUCGGUAUUCAGCCACCAGCCGGAAUGCCGCAAUCGGGAGUAGCCGAGGUCGAGGUUCCCGGUUCAGUGGGACAUGGAUACGCAUGGGUUCCACCUGGUCUCUCCAGAAAGAAGGUCGAAGAAUACAUGUCCCAGUUGCCGAAUAAUGUAGUUCCCCGAACAAAUUCAAGUGGAGAGAAACUUCGCGAAAAGCAGUUACUUGUUCAGUUGCCACGACAAGAUCUUUCAGUGGCAUACUGUAGACAUUUAACAACUCAAACUGAACGAAAAGUAUAUGAAGAAUUUGUGAAUGCAAGAAAUGAAAUUGCAUUGGAUAUCGGAUAUGUGUCAUCUAAUAUCAAUAAAGCUAUGGAAUGUCAUAAAUGUUCGGGUAUUCUGGAAACAAACGAAAUGGCUGUCAUCGCUCCAAAACUCGGUGACUCCACUGGAUGGCAUCCGGCUUGUUUCACUUGUCAGACGUGUGAACAGCUCCUCGUCGACUUAACAUAUUGCGUGAAAGACAGUCAAAUUUAUUGUGAAAGACACUACGCAGAGUUACACAAACCAAGAUGCUCCGCUUGUGAUGAGGUACGCUCUCUGCCCAUUUGUUAA